GGACGAUGCCAAUGACAGAAUUGACAGACUUUAACCUAAAAACGAGUCCUGCCAAAGUCAAAGUGGAACUCCAAGUUUCCAUGUGUUAAUGUGUUGAAAAAAACUUUUCUCAAGAUCUUUCAUUUACAGAUUUAACAGUUUGUUAUUUCGUUUUUGUUUUGUCUGAUAUUGAAUUGCUAUCGGAAUGCCUACAGGUACAAGGGUUUCAGAUGAAGAUUACAGCCCAUCUGAAUCAGACGAAGAUUACACAGAGAAUGAAAAAUUGUUGCUAGAAAAUGUUAGAAGGGGUCGCCAAGGCUAUUCUGAUGAAGAAGAUGAUAUUCUGGGAGUAGCAGUUGAAGAAUCUGAGAGUGAUGACCAAAGUGACAUAGCAGUAAGUGAUGUUGAAGGACAAGAAGAUGAUGAUUUACCAGAUGUUAGAGCUUGGGGAAAAGAUAAAAGGAAAUUUUAUAAAACAGAUUAUGUUGAUGAGGACUAUGGUGGCUUUCAAGGAAAAGAUGCUCAGCUUGCUGAACUGGAAGAAGAAGAAGCUAAAAAUUUACAGAAGCAGCUUGCUCAACAGUUAGAUGAUGAUGAUUUUGGGUUGGAGUUUUUUGCCAAGAAACCUGAAGAAGAAGAAAAACAGGAUGAAGUAGUUAUAAAAACAGAUUUGUCCAUGUUGUCCAAAAAACAAAAAAUACAAAUGUUGGAAAAAGAAUCACCAGAAUUAUUUAGCUUAUUAGAGGACUUCCAAGUGAAAAUGACAAAUGCUAAAGACUACUUGUCUCCUGUCCUACAUAAAUACAAAAAAGGAGAAAUAUCCAAUUGCAAAGCCAUUGAUUUUGUUCAAACCCAGUAUGAAUUAACAUUGAACUACUGUACAAACAUAUACAUGUAUCUCCUUCUGAAAUCCAGUAAAGUAAAUAUUCAAAAUCACCCAGUCAUCAAAAGAUUAUUCCAGUAUCGUCAACUGUUAUUACAGCUUGAACCUGUUUUUGAAGAAAUUAUCAAACCCCAAAUUGAACUACUAGUCAAAGCAGAAGAACCUAGUGAGGAUCCUAGUGGUGACAACAAAAGCAAUAAAAAGAGAUUGAAGCUUCUUUCAUCUAUUGUUCAGAAAAUUCAGCCCCCACAACUGGAUAAACCCAAAGAAAUUCCUACUGAAAAACCUAAGAAGACAGUUAAAUUUGAAGGUAUUAUUGACAAAAUAGAGGUACCAUCUGAUGAUAAACCAGAAAUAGGAGAUUCUUCUAAUGAUGAUGAUGCUGAAAUGGAUAUGGAGGAAGUUGACAGUCAGCAAGACACCAUAGAAAAUAAGAAUGAAAAACGUCCUAUUACCUACCAGAUGGCUAAGAAUAAGGGUUUGACACCUCACAGGAAGAAAGAAUUGAGGAAUCCAAGGGUUAAACAUAAGCUUAAGUACAGAAAAGCUGUUAUCAGAAGGAAGGGAGCUGUGAGAGAACCAAGGAAAGAGCUUAGCAGAUAUGGUGGGGAGAUUUCUGGUAUCAAGGCAUCAGUUUCCAGAAGUGUUAAAAUCAAAUCAUAGUCAUUUAAGCAUCUUCAGCCACUUGUAUGCUUUUUGUUUCCUUCAUAAACGGUUUUUUUUAAAUGAAUUUUUGAUAA